UUGUCAUUUGUGGUUUGUAGACAAUUGUCGCGAAAAUCGAAAAUUUUCUUUUGGUUUAAUAAUUUGUUCCUCUUGUACCAAUGUAAUUUAAUUUUACAGGCACAAAUAUUCAUCAUCACGCGGUGCCAAACCCUUAACGAAGUUUAGCAGUCAGUAGGGUCUUCUACGUCGCGUUUCAUUUGUAUUGAAGAUAGUCCAGUCUCUAGAAGUGUAUUAAAUCCAAAAAAAAAAAAAACAAGUAAUUAACACUAGUAAAAAUAACAAGAAUUUAAUCGAACAGAAAUGCUUAAUUUUUAAAGUGGAAAAUGUCUGUUAAACCAUAUAAACUGCUCAAAAAUAUAUUCGCUAUGUCCAUAUUUUUCGGUGCGAUAUGGAUGUUAUUAACUUGGAGCACUUUCGGAAUUUUAAAUUUACACUUAUCUGAACCGAAAAGCAUACCAGUGGCCGUUAAGAACACAAUCUGCUAUAUUGAUUACAAUGAUAGCAGGCCUCAUGUCAGUAAUAAUGUUAGUCUCAAGAUGAUAUAUUACGUCACACCAACUUACCCAAGACCAGAACAAGUGCCAGAGUUGAUGCGAUUGGCUUAUACAUUGAUGCAUGUUCCAAGAUUGCAUUGGAUUGUUGCAGACGAUGAGUCAGUGUGUUCAGAGCCUGUCUUAAAUAUUCUCAGACGAACGGGCCUACCAUUCACACAUAUUUCUAGUCCAAAACCUUUUAUAUAUAAAACCAGCAACUUCCCACGUGGUGUGGCCAACAGACGCGCUGCUCUGGAAUGGAUCCAAAAGAACGUAUCAGAUGGAAUACUUUAUUUUGGAGAUGAUGACAAUGCGGUGGACUUGCAGCUUUUUGAUGAAAUCAGAAGCACAAAGAAAGUGUCCAUGUUUCCAGUUGGAUUGAUAGGCAACUAUGGAGUAUCUACGCCGAUUGUUAAAGAUGGAAAGGUACUGGGCUUCUUCGAUUCGUGGCCGGCUUCCAGAACGUUCCCCGUGGACAUGGCUGGAUUCGCCAUUAACAUCGGCUUCCUCAAGGACUCGGCUGACAUGCCCUUUAUAGCAGGCCACGAGGAGGACAAGUUCCUGGUCAGCCUGGACCUGGACAUCGAGGAUAUAGAACCGCUAGCUGGAAACUGCACCAGGAUACUAGUUUGGCACACGAAGACAGCCAAACACAAGAAGUCCACGCUCAAGGUCAACAUCAAUAAGCUCACGUCGAUGGAUAAGUAUCACAACUUUGCUAAUAUGCUGAAAGAAAUAUCUAGACUGGGCUUAGCCAACUUGGAUUCUGAGACUGGUAUAAAAUCUUUCAUAACUAGAAACAGGAAGACAUACGAAAGCAUUUCGGUUCUAUAGUUCCUCGUGAUAGUAGGCUUUAAUGUUGUUGAGAAGCGAGAAUUGCAGAAAACCCCAGCUGGUAAUGAUAAAUAUGUAAAUAAUACGUUUUUGAAACGGGUAUAAUAAUAUGGCAUAUAACUUAACCGUUCUUUUUCUUGAAAUAGCAUAAUAUAGAUAGAUAAAUAUUUUACAAAACAAUUUUUUUUUUCAUGUAUUAUUGACUUAAUUUUCAAUAUUUUCUAUAUUUUAUAUACCCAAUUCAACCACUGAUUGUCAUAUCUAUUUACUAAUCAUAAUGAAUCUGUCGUUAACACUCUCAGACCAAUUAUUGUAUAGGACCUGUCUCGCUAGACGUUUCUUUUCUGUCAAAGUAUAUGAUCAACGAUCUUGAGCGAUUCUAAAAACUGUCUUAAUAGUAUCGGUGUUUCAUAGUUGUAAUCUGUUCCGUCGGUUGAAGAGCUCCGUAAAAAUAUCUUUUAGGUAGUUAAAUGGUGUAAUAAACGGCCAAAUCUUCUAGUUUAGUAUAAGAUAUAUACCGUCUCGUUUUCCUUAAAAAAUGAAAGAUAAGUUUGUUCGUGAAUUUGGGUGAGAUACAGGUCCUUCUAUAAUUGGUACGAGUUCACACUCAACCGACUCUAUGUUAGUAAGUAUACCAAAAGUAGUUAAAAAAGCUAAGCAAUAGCUUUACCGCGGCAGUCUCCGAGAGCCAUACGUAUUAUUUUUUUGAUAAUAAAUUAUUAUUCCCGAGAGUGAUUUUAUUGUUGUCAACAAUUAGAAAUCAAACAAAAUGUUUGUAUUUGCAAUAUUAGUUUUAAACAUGUAAUUAUGAUGUACAUGCGAGUACAUAAUAGUCACUACUGUAUUGAUCAUUAUUGUGAUUUAAUAAUUUUAAUUUUAAGUUUACAUUAUUUUAUAAUAUGCAUAAUUUUUAAAUAUUUGACGAUUCAAGUCGCAAUCAUAAACCAAAUAAUAUGCUUAUUUCACGCAGCAGAUAAUUUGCGAGCAAAUCAAAAUUUGAUACCUGUUCUCUAUGCAUAUAGUUUGAUGUUAUAGUUAUUUUUUCAAGUAAAUACGCCACUAUAACUAUUUUUAAAAAGUAUCAGAAACUAUAUAACUCAUCUGAAUGUGAAGAGAACAAUUUUAUUUUAUAUAUGCUAAGUUCUUGGACACAUGUAACGUGUAUGAUGAAAGUAAAGCCGAGAGGCGUGCUAGUAUGUAAGAAGACAUUUUAUAAUGACUUCAUCAUCACCAUCCGAAUGAGAUCAUCUAUAAUUAUUAUCUACCACUUGGUAGAUCUUCAUUUUUUCAUUAAGAAUUUUAGACCCAUAAUGCUGAUUUUUAGUCCAAAAGGAUUCCUUAUAGUUUCGCCAUGUCCGUCCGUCCGUCCGCGGCUUAGCGCAAUUACUACUAGAAAGCUGUAAAUUAUCAUGAAUAUGGAAAUUAAAGAUGUGAACAAAGUCGUAAAAUAAAAUCUUGACAAAUUAUUAUUUUUUGGGGUAUUGUGUGUUGUAAUGUAAAGUGGGUAUGAAUUUUUUUUACUCGUUUAUCUCAUAGUGUGGGGUAUCGUUGGAUAGUUCUUAGAAAGAUAUGAGGGUCCGUUAGAGAUCCGUUUAAAAAAUAUUAUGUAAAGUUUUAAUUUUUGUUAGAGUCAAGUAUCCCCACUCUCUAAAGUCUAAAUGGUUAUCCAUGGAUAUAGAAAAAAAUCACAGAAAUGGGAUAUAUGAUGAAAUUAAAAAAAAAACUGUAACAGCUAAGCAGCAAUUGCUAUUUAAGGAGUUAUAGACGACCAAUGUGUAAAAAACGUAGUUCGAACUCGAAAAUUGCAUACUAAUUCCGUUGUUAAUUAAAAAGAUAACUCAAAGUAGUAAGAUAACUCAGAGUCUGUUAAAACUAGAAAGCAGAAAUUUGCCUUGGGUAUUAGCAUAAAUUAAUCACGUAUAUUUUACGUUUUAAAAAAAAUAUUUUCAAAAACACAUCUUUCCCCCAAAUGUAAAGUGAUGAGGAUUUUUGUCUUGUUAGUGAAAGUAUGUAUUUGCUAUAAGUACUUUUGCAUUAUAAGGUCGGUCAUUUAAUCUACGGAACCUUACACUGCGCGAGGCUCCACACGCACUUGGCCGGUUUUUAAUAAUAAUAAUAAUAAUAAUCAUUUAUUUGCAAGAAUUAUUGUUCUUUACAAUAUUCAACUAAAUUAAUAGUUUGCAAAUAUUAUACAUACAGUGAAAAAAUACAAACAGUCACAAUUACUAAAAUAAAUGAAAUAAAAUUAAGAGAAAAAAAAAUAAUUACAAUCAGUAAGUUUAAGUUUGUUUUAUGUUUUUAAUAUGGUACCUAUGUUAGUUAAGUUAUAUUUUAAGUUGUUUUACUCAUAGAAUACAAUGUCUUAAUAUCUAGAAUAUGUAACAAUAAUAAAAAAGAAUCACAAAAUAGAUAUUAUUAUGUUUGUUAUGUAUGUCAAUACUCACUGAAUCUCUACAUAGCUGUUUUCACAGCAUUAUGAUUGUUAAAUCCUUUUCUAUUAAAGUGGCUUUAUUGGGAAAAUGUAACAUGAUAACAAAUAAAUCCCAAAUAAUGUAGCAAAGGCAGCUUUAUUGAUUGUUAUACAAAAUAAGGUGAAGGAAGUUUAAUAAUGGUUAAAACAGAUCUCCGUAGAAACAUUUUACAAUUCUAAGCAUAAUAAUGUGUUGUUUAUGACAUAAUAAUUAUUAUUUAUUUAUAUUUAUAUGUAGCCUAACCAACAAUAAUUGAGGAGCUACAAGAUAGUUUUAAGCAGUCUUUUUUUUUCUGCAAGAUAUUUUUUUCUGUUCAGCCAAAAUCGAUGUGAUAUGUUUAUUAACAAACCAUUUAAAGAUGAAGAUAGAAAACACAUGUCAUUGCAUAACUUUAAGUAUAAAAUUAUAUGCUGUUAUUUUUAUAAAAUGUUAUAAAUAUUAUCUUUUUGCAUAGUCAUUCAUAUGUGGAUUCGUUACCGAUUUGUGGCCGCCCUAUGAUUUCUGCAGGUAGUGCAGUUGGGAGAUAGGCUCUUUUUUAAUUGUCAUUAAGAUGUGGAUUUCUUAUCCCAUUCUCUUCUUGAAAGACGGUGAUUCUCUCCAAGUCAUAGUUGGCAGGCCUCUAUCUUGAUUUUUUGUUUGAUUGCCUUUUGUGUAUUUCAAAUUAUGUUUGAUAGGCUCUUUUUUUAGUUUUCAUUAAGAUGUGGAUUCCUUAUCCUUUUCUCUUCUUGAAAAGCGUGGAUUCCUUCCAAGUCAUAGUUGGCUGACUUCUAUCUUGUUUUUUUUUAUUUGAUUGCUUUUUGUGUAUUUCAAUGUCUGCUUGAUACUCUUUUUGCGUUUUCAUUAAAAUAUGAAUGUCUUAUCCUUUUCUCUUCUUGAAAAGCGUGAGAUCCCUCAAAGUUAUAGUUUGCCGGCCUCUAUCUUGUCAUUAAUAUGGAUUCCUUAUACUUUUCUCUUCUUGGAAGGCGUGGAUCCCUUGUAGGACAUACUCGUAGUUUGCUGGCCUCUAACUUUAUUUUUUUGUUUGAUUGCCUUUUGUGACUUUCAAUAUCUGCUUGAUAGAUUCUCGGCGCAUUCCUGAUAUCUUUUUCUUCUUGGAAGACAUGGAUUCCUUCCAAGUCAUAGUUUGCUAGCCUCUUUCUUGAUUUUUUUUUUGAUUACCUCUUAUGGCUCAAUAUCUGCUUGAAAGACACUUGGUGCAUUCCUGAUUUGUUUUUCUUCUUGGAUGAAUGGAUUCCUUCCAGGUCAUAGUUUGCUGGCCUAUAUCUUGAUUUUUUUGUUUGAUUACCUUUUGUGGACCUCAAUAUCUGCUUAAUAGACUCUUGGUGCAUUCCUGUGUUUUUUCUUCUUGAAAAGCAUGGAUUCCUUCCAGGUCAUAGUUUGCGGGCAUCUAUUCUUUAUCGUUUCCUAUUCCUCUCUUAGAAAGCGUGAAGAGGUGGAUGCCCUCCAGGUAAUAGUAGUCGAACGCGUGUUUGCCAGCCUCCAGUUUGAUAUUUUUGUUUUUUUCGUAAAUCUCAAUAUUUGCUUGAUGUCCUAUCAAUCUCUUUUUACCUUUUUAUUAAAAUGUUUUAUUUUCUGCUCUUAGAAGUGGUGGCUCUUUGCGGUAUUCUAUGUGUGAUGUUGUUGUUAAAAGUGAAAUGGGUUUGUGAUUGCGUCGUAUCUCUUUCUUAAUAUUUUUCUAUGUAGAUAUUACCUUUUUUUUUUAAACGCAUUCGUAAAUAUACCAAUAGCUAGACUAAGAUUGAUUAAGUGUUCAAUUAGGUAAAGAAAUAUUGCCCUGGAGAUUUUUACUAUUUAAUUUGCCUAAUAAAACGUUUUUAAUUACAUUUAUAUUGGUAAAAUAUAUCGAUGACAUCAAUUACUUGAUUUUUUUUACUAGCUUAGCUAUUUUUUUACUGAGUUAACAUAUUACAUCGAUGUUUACACAUUUAUUUAAUUUUAAUAAUCAUCAAAUGAAAUCAUUUACUAAUGUACUUCCUGCAUUCUUAAAAUUGCUAUUAAUAAAGAUAAGUGAAUUUAUAGCAUAUUCAACAGUCUAGAAUACAAUAUGUACAUAUGUACAAUACUUUAAUUUCAAUAAAAAAAAUGGUGUUUGAUGUGCUGGAAGGGCGCUAUCUUCUAAUAUCUCAAAACUUUCAAUAUUUUAUCUUUACAAACCUCGCUUUUAGCUCGAUUUAUUAUACACUUAUUUUAUUGUGAAUAUUAUCAAUGUUUUUUUUAGUCAGGUAGCGCUAUUCUCUAACAAAGAUUAUAACUCGAUAUUUUUUGAAUUGAAACAUUGUGGGUUUCAAAUUCAUGUCUCUAUCUCUAAUAUUGUGUUAGAGAGAGAUAGCGACGAAACAGAGACUCUCUUGUUAUAAGAACAUCGUGACAGAAUAGCGUUACUGGUCUGAAUAGGUCCAUCUUCUUUAGCGCCUUUUAUAAAUUGCAUCAUAGUCUAAGAUCCACAUUAGAAACGACCUUCACCCAUCUGUUUACUGGAUGAAAAGUAUUUAUAUCAAAUUAAAUAUGCCAAUAAAUAUAUUGCCAAACUUUUGCAUAAAACUAUUCAGUCCUGCUUAUGAUUAUGUCCGGUUUCCAGGAAUGAUUUUUCGCAGACCUAUACCACCGUGUACGUAAUCACAUUUUAACUUAACUUUAAUUCAUCAACCAGACUCUGCUAGUUAGUAGUAUCGAUUUACCUGUAUAAACCUGCCUACCCAAGAGUUGUGAUGGUAAAAAAUAAGUAAACCAAACGUUUGUAUACUCUAUAUGCUUCACACUUUUGCUCGCUCAUUUAAUAUGGACUUUGUCGACUAAACAAACCAGUAAAUAUUUAAAAAAAAUUUAAUCGUUAAUUGAUCAUAUUCUGGACUGAUGUUUUAGGCAAACCAUUGGUAGUAGUAUAUUUAUUCAAUUAAAAAAAAACAUUUUCAUCCAGUAAACAGAUGGGUGAACCUCCUCAGUGGGUGGAAGUGGGAUCCUCUACUAUAAUUAUUUUAAUGGAAUUGAUCUGUUAUUUUUUCUAUACACUUAAUUACAAUUCUACUACUCAAUCAAAGGCAUUAUUAUUUAUUUAUGGAUAUUUUUACCUGUAAUACGACUAAUAGGUCCAAUUCUGUACAUUGAAAAUAUUUUCAAAAGUUUAAUUGGAGAUCAUUGAAUAAUAGAUACUGAAACCUAAA